AUGCCUCAUUCGACAGGCUACUCACCUAUACCAUCUCGAGACGCAUCACAUCACCACUCGCAGCAUUCUGCUCAGGUACAGGCUCCUCCAACCAGUCAAGCUACUAGUCCUGGUCACCUCUCUUCUGUCUCACAAGCUACAUUCUACAAGCUUAUGGAAAUGAGUGGUCUCCCCAAUGGCGCUGUUGAGCCCGAGCGUCACACUUGGCUUGAGCACUAUCUCCAUUUCAUGGAUGAUCUCGGUAAGCCUGUGACUAGCAUCCCACAGGUUGUUAAACAGCCACUCGACCUUUAUCGCUUCUAUCUUGCUGUUCGGGAGCGUGGAGGUUUGCUCAAAGUUGUACAAGCCAAACGUUGGAAGGAGGUCAGUCAGGCUGUUGGCAUCAAUGCCUCUGCUUCGGCAGCCUACACUCUACGCAAGAACUAUGUGAAGUACUUGCUCGACUAUGAGUGCCGCUUCGAUGCUGGUGGUCUAGAUGUCCGACCAAUUGUUGAGCAGAUCGAGUCGAUGUCAGGUAGCAAGAAAAAGAAGGCUGCCGCUGCUGCGGCUGCCAAUGCUACUUCUGCCUCAGCAGCCGUCUCGGAUGCGGCCUCUUCAGCUGGAUCACUUACGCCUAGCGGGAUGGGCGCUGGCACUAGCGGGGGAGGCGGUGGUGGUUUGGCUUCAAGCUUGCAUCUUAUGCCCCCCAGCCCUGUUGGUAGUCAAUCCUCUGCUAGUUCCAGUCUACUCCUGCCUGCAGUUAACACUGCAUCGACAGGACCGCCCACCGGCUGUACCCCCAUGUUGCUUACGGCUGAGUCAGUCACGGGGUCUGGUACGGCUACUGGACAGGCGACACCUACUUCAUGUUCAACCUCAUUAACAUCUGCCGGGGGGCCUGGCAAUGCUAAUGCUUCACCGCUUUCAUCAUCGUCCUCUUCAUCCAUUGCUAACACGAUCACCUCGGGGCUCAAUUCUGCUCCUGUGCAAUCAGUCACUGGAGUGACUUCCUGUGUGCCGGUUUCAAGUCCAGUUAGUCAGAACGGAUUCUAUUCUACCACGAGCCCAAACGUUGGAGGACAAGGCCAAGUCCCCAGCUCUCCAAUGCAUUUGCAUCACCAGCAGCCGCCACAACCGCAACAACAUCUUCAGGUUCCUCAUCAACAUCACAUGCACUAUCAUCAUCAGCAGCCACCACAACCCUGGAUGCAGUCUUCUACCGGCGGCAUUCAGCCAAGAUCCGAACCGAUGAUUAAUGGCACAAUGUCGCAACAAGAAUAUGGGCCAUCUGCUCAGAUCGCUUUCGAUGUAAUGAGACGCCUUCCACCGGGAUCAGGUCCCGCUCCUCCACAUGGCACUGGCAGCAAUUCUGGAGUUGUCGCUCAGCCAUUAGCCCCAGGUGUCUCUUCAGCCUGUCCCCCGCCACUUCAGCAGUGUUCUGCAGCUAACCUUCAGGUCAGUCAGCCACAUGGUUUGCCCGGCCAUAUCCAGUCCUAUAUGCGUUUACCAUCAAGCAUCUCUGCAGCUCCCCUCGUCUCUGGUUCACCCGGAUUUACCGCCAGUAACAGUUCCCUAUCUUCGUUCUCGGGGGCUGGCUCUGUUGCGGCUUCCAGCUGCACCGCUACUACCGUCACCGUAACCACUACUAUUGCGACAAGCACUUCUUCAUCUGCGACCAGUGCACCAACCGUACAUCAUCACCCGUCGGUAGUCUCUGUUCUCGGUCAAUCUACUGUUUCACCAACCCCAAUUCCAGGUUACCUACCGCCUGGUGCGCAUCCUCAUGCGCACCACCAUCAUCACCAGCACCCGAAUUCACACCCUCAUCACCCUGUGGUAAUUAACCAGCUUGGUUCUGCGUCAGCAACUUCGGGCUCACUGCCAACUCCGGGCCAAGCUCCUUCGGCCUCAGGCCUAACUCAACCUCCUCUGAGUCAGCAUCCUACACAAUACCCUGCACAUCAGGCGACACCACCUCCACCGCCACCAUCUGGACAUCAACAGCUUGGAUCUUCAAUUCCUGGUGGGCCGACCCGAAGUUCUUCUGUCUCUGCGGUUCAGUCCGGUGCCCCUACUAGCCAAUUGGGUAAUAUUCCCCCAAGCACCAUUUUAUCUGAGGCUCAAAGUCAGGGUCCUGCAUCAGGCCUUAUAUAUUCCGGGUCAGGAACAGGAUUGGGGGUUAAUGCAAGCUGUCCCGUCGGCUUGGAAUCGGGCAUUGGAGCUUGCAGGCAGACACAAUUGCAGGUGACGCAACAGCCGCAGCCAACCGUCCAGCCAGUGCUCCUGCAACAGCCCCAGACAACAACAACACAGCAGCAACAUCAACAAAUGCUUCAGCAGCAGCAACAUCAUCUGCAUCUUGCAUCAGGACAGUCAAACCAACUUCAACUUCCACAAGCGCAAAUGGCCGGGAUUUCGCCUCCUGGCGGCCUCUUACAACAGCAUCACCAUCCUCAGCAACAGCAACAACAACAUCAACUGUCACAAGCGCAGCAGAGGCAGGCGCCACCUCAGUUGCAGCAACAGCUCCCGUUACAAACACAGACUCAAAUAGCAGGAUUAUUGCAUGCACAGUCUCAACAACAGCCACACGCUCUGGCACACCAGACCCAGGCCUUUCAAACGGUAAUCGAUUGA